CACACACACACACACACACUCACUCUCUCUCUCUCUCUUACUGUCUCUCUCACACACUCCGUCUCUUUCUGUGCGCAUGCGCGAGCGUGUGAGCGUGUAGUGAAGGAGGAGUUUGGUGGAGGAGCUUGUUUCUCUGUUACAGCAGGAAAAGCAGGAGCAAGACGCAGCUAAAGAGACUGUGGAGAGACUCACACACAAACUGAACACUUUGAACAAUGCUGUGGAACAUAUGUGUCACAAACUAGAUCACAUCACACCGCAGGAUGCUCCGGUGCAGUGAGAGCAUGUGUAUCCUCUGCAUGCAAUAAAUAUGCUGCUGGAGGUGGAGCUGAAACUGAUUCUGUUGCAGGAGGAACUACAGGGACAUGAUAUAGACUCAGUGAUCGAGGAGAUGAAGGAGCAGGAGCUUCAUGCCAAAGAUGAGGGGAAGCUUCCUGACUUCAGCACCAGCAUCACGGAACCGGAAUAUCAGAGAGCCGACUCGCACGAUAAAGAGGAUGACAAUGAGGAUGAUGAUUGUGAAGAUCUUCACUUAGAUGUCCCUUAAACAGCUCAUCAUUGACUCGAUGACAAAGAUGCAGAGCAACCUUCCAUAGAUUUAUGGUGUUACUAUAAUAAACAAAUAAACAUAAUAAAAUAUCAUUCAAGAAUAAAGAAUACACAGGGAAAUUAAUUAAUUCAUUCAUUCAUUAAAAUACAUAGAUAAACAAAACACACCACCACACAAUUCAUCUUUAAACAUUAAACACCAACUCAAUCUUUAACCUUUUUACCACUAAACCCUUAAACAACCCCUCAGAAUCUGUGGAGGUGAAGCUGGAGACCUUUGUUUUUCUGGGUUUUCCAGAUUCCUAACUAUGCUGUUCCUAUCAUUUAAUUUAAC